AUGUCGCAAGACCCUGAAGAUGAGGUUCCCGCUGAAGAGCUCCUGGUCCAUGGCCGCGCAAAGAGAGCCACCGCGGGCAACCGCAUGCACUUUCUCAUGCAACAUCUCGAAGACGAAGACGUCCGCAACGACCUGCUACAAGAAGAUGAAACAGACCAGAUAGACUACCAACUCUCCGACACCGAAGAUGUCGCCUUUGGAUCCAGUGACGACUCGGACGAUGAAGGCCCGCCACGCGAAGGUCAGGACGAAGACCUACAAGGAGAGAAAGAGUUGCAAAAGACCGAACGCCAGGAAGCCCGCAAGAAGAAGCGCAAGGCCGCCGAUUUCGCCAAUAUGCCUCUCAAUCCUCUGAUGAAACGCCAAAGACUCGCUGCUACCAACUCGCUGCUUGCUCCCCGUCCGCGCAAAAAAUCCGAACGCAUCUCCUGGCUACCUACCCUCGACGAUGCCCCGACGCGCCAGUCGCGUCGUCGCCAGACUGUUGCCAACAAGGAACAGACAGAGGCCAAGCUGAAAGAGAGUCAGAAGCGCUCGGAAAAGGCUCACGAAUUGAUCAAGAUCGCUGCCGAGAAGAAGGCUGCUUCGGCCGUGCCCGCCCUCACCCAGGAAGACCGCAUGAAGAGAGCUUUGAAGGUCGAGAAAGAGAAUAGCAGGACACUCAAUCGCUGGGAGAAGGCCGAAGAAGAACGACAACUUGCUCAACAGAGGAGGCUUGAAGCCUUGCGCGACAGACAACUCGAGGGUCCUGUCUUCAGGUACUGGAGUGGCUCUGUCAUGUGGGAAGGAGAGAAGAUCAAGGUCAAGCGUGUCCACCAACCGAGGAUUGAAGCUGUCAUCGAGACCAAACCGGAUCCUCCUGCCGAAAAAUCGUCAACCGAGACACUCCCUCAAACCACUGCCACCGAAGGCGACAAGACGCCCACUGCGAACGAUUCCCAGAAGGUCAAGUCUGCGCAGGAGUCAGAGGCUCAGCAACCCGAAGACACAGUCAUGGUAGACGCAACAAACGAACUCACGCCUGCUGGAGUACCAAGCCAAGAAGAGAAGGAACCUCUAAAUACAGCAAAGGACGAAGGCACGUCACCAAAAGCCACCAGCAAAACAGCCGAGACUGCAGAGCCGGCUAUAGCAGAGGUCGCCGAAGCGAAUGUGCCAGAGGCUACCAAAGAAACAGCAGCUGAGCAGGAUCCGGCGGAGAAUAGCACAGCUGAAGACAAACCAUCCGAACUAGAUCAGGCUCAACCGACUUCUGGCCUUGGAGCGAAAUCACAAUCAUUCUUGGAUGGGAUCCAUUACUGGGCUUCGCAGUCGCCAGAAGCCACUGCACAAAAGAAUAAGGCUUCUGCGUCACAGACUCCGGCACCGGCACCGGCACCAGCGCCAGCACCAGCUUCCGAAGGACAAACAGCAGAGACAGCACCCGUCCAGACACAAUCUACAGAACCAAAAACGGCAGAUCAGCCUCCUCCAGCGCCACCAACUGAUCCCACACAACAAACGCCAACACCAUUCGACGUAUUUCCCCAAGUCCAACCAGAAGCCACACCUGCGCCUCCAUCCAUGCCCCUCGUCCGCGAACAAGCCCAACGCACCCUCAUAAUCCUCGAAGCUUUUCCAGAACUCGAACUCGCGCCCCCGGUCGCCCCCUCCAACAAAAAGUCGACCAGCGCAUCAACCAUCCUCUCCUCAGUCUUGAUUCCCGACGCUCUACCAUCUCUCACCCCGCAAGAAUCCAAAUACCUCUCCUCCAAGUCAGCGAAAAAGAAAGAAUUCUUGCCUCCACCACCUCCCAAGCCUGUUUGCGCGAUUACAGCCAAACCUGCUCACUACAAAGAUCCCAAAACGGGAAUGCCGUAUCAAGGGUUGGAAGCGUAUAAAGCUCUACAGAGAGUGAGUGCAGGAGGAUGUAGGUGGGGAGGCCAGGGGUGGGAUUGCUGGAUGGGAAUUUUGGGGCAGGGAGUUAUGGGACGGGUCGCUAGAGGUGUGCCCGAGUGUUUCGUUACGGGGAAGGUUGUGAGGAAGGGUUGUGAGGAAGGAGAAGGAGAAGAAAGAGGGUAA